CGUAGAAGGAGGAGUCAGGGCGGUGUCCCCAAUUAAAAAGGCCGCAUCGCCAUCCAUCUCCAUCCAGCGCUCAUCUUUACCCUCACUUCCGUCACUCUCCAUCGCCACUGGAGCAUCUUGUAUAUCUUCGUUUUCUGCGACUGAUAUAAUAAGGAAGGCGUCUACUUUCUUUUACAUCUUUGAUUUUUUGACUCUUCACAAGAACGAGUUUCUUCUUUCUUUGAAAAGCUUUUAGCUUCUACACUCGAAAAAAAAAGUUUCUGACUCCCACGCGAGCAACUUCUAUCUUCCACAACCACCUGCGACAAACCUCAACGAGCCUUCAUCAAUCAAAAUGAAGGUCUUCAGCAACAAGGUCACAUAUAACUACUCCUGGGACGAGGUGUCCACAGCAAACUGGACAAAGUACGGCCCCUGGAACAACAAGUCUGAGCAUGUCAUUGCCGUCGACACCCUCUCCCGCGAAGUCGACCCCGCGACCGGUAUCCUUCGCACCGAGCGUCUGAUCACCUGCAAGCAAACCGUGCCCGAUUGGAUCAAGACCAUCAUCGGUGGUACUGGCGACGAGAGCUUCAUGUAUGAGGCUAGCUACGUCGACCCCAUCAACAAGACCGUCACCAUGGUUAGCCAGAACUUGACAUGGAGCAACCUCGUCAACGUUCAGGAGGAGGUCGUAUACAAGCCCCUCGGCGACCACCAAACACAGUUCAUCCAGAACGCCAACAUCACUGCUCUCUGCGGUGGCUGGCAGCGAAUUAAGAACAGCAUCGAGGACACCAUGGUGUCUCGCUUCCGUGAGAACGCUGUCAAGGGCCGUGAGGGCUUCGAGCGCGUUCUGAUGAUGAGCCGCAAGGCUUUCGCCGAGGAGAAGGCGCGCCAGAUUCUAUGAGUUUACCAUCACGUAUGAAUCACGCCUUAUCUCCGACCCGCAAUACCUUAUCUCCAAGGGUUGCACACGACACCAAUCUCCACUACUCACCGCUACACUAUUUAACGACGACACGGCAUAAAAGACGGGCGCGCGAUAUUAAAAAAGAGGAGUAGAUGACACUUGCAGCAUUUUAUUGGCGUUUAGAAGGUUGUUCAAAAGUUAUACACAAAAAGAGGAUUUUGCUCAUUUCGGCAUGAUACAUCUCAUUACAUCAAUGCCUUGCGUUUUGGAGUUGUUCGGACUAUACCCCCGGUCUAUUAGACAGUCGAGAGCACAUGGACCCCGAGGAAUUGCCUCGGGUUCAUCGCCUAGAACGGGCUUCUUGAUAGAGUCACUGAUUAGAAUACUUAAUCAUGAAACCUAUUACUAUAAA